UUCUUUUCAUUCCUUCUUCCAUCUUUCCUUCCUUUAUUUCUUUGGAUUUUAUUCCCUUUGGUCUUGGCGAUAUAUACUUCCUAAUCUUCUUUUUAUCUUUUUAGUUCUUGAUAUGUUUUAUCAAUACGUUUUCUUGUCCCUCUUAAAGGAUCCAAACAGAAAAAUGUGAAAAACUUUACAGGAAUAUGAACAAAUGAUAACUUAUGAGACAGAGAAGAACAAAAAUGUUCUAGGAUAAAUAACUUCACGUGUUAUAAGGAAUAUGAAAAAAUAAUAACUUGUGAGACAGAUAAGAACAAAAAUGUUUCAGGAUAAAUAACUUUACGUUCUGUAGUGAGUUUCUCUGCAAAGAUUGAUGAAACCAGAGAAGAAUAAAUAAUUGAAAAAGGAAAGAGAGAUAAAAAGUUCAAAAGAUAUAAAAAAUGAAAGAAAAAUCAGUGAAUGGGAUUCAGGAAGUGAACUAGAACGAAAGGACGAUUAAAACAUAAAUUAUAAACAGAGGGAGAGAUAAGUAAAUGAAAAAGACAGAAAAAUGAUAUAAUAACCUAGAGACCAAAAAAAAAAGAAAAAAAAAAAUCCCCCACUCUCUCCCACUGUGUAAAAAUCCAACUUUAGGCUAAAAAGAACGAAGAGAGAGAGAGAGAAAAAAAAAAGGUAUAUAUCAUGGAAGGUCGGAGUUCACAACUUAAAAAGAUUGUCUUCACGAUCUUCGCCGCCUGCGCGUUGACCCCGGCUGGCGCUGGCACUGGACUCUACAUGGGACCUUACUUCCCCUCGCCGCAGCCCAGGAACAUCACGGUGCACCAGGACACCGUGGCGUACCUGCCGUGCACCGUCAGUCAGCUGGGGGAUAAGUCGGUUUCGUGGGUGAGGCAGAGGGACGCCGACAUCCUGACAGUGGACCGCUACACUUUCGUCCGAGAUGACCGCCUGACCGUCCACUUCACGCCGGACACAGGCACGUGGACGCUCGUUAUCAAAUACGUGCAGGAGCGGGACGCAGGGACGUACGAAUGCCAGAUCUCCACGGAACCGAAGAUGUCCAUGCUCGUUCAUCUCAAUGUCAUCGUACCUCAGGUGGAGAUCACAGGCGCCGUGGACAAGUACGUGCGCCGAGGGUCAACAGCGCGUCUGGAGUGCAAGGUCAGCUCAACCGUGCAACUCCCCGACUACAUCUUCUGGUACCACUCGGGGUCGCGACUCCUCGAGUACGACCAUCCCCGCGUCAAGAUCACGGUGGCACGUCGAGGGGGACAAGGCAGCGAGAUGAGUAUCACUUCGACCCUCGUGCUCACUGAUGCUCGACUCUCGGAUGCUGGGAACUACACCUGCCUUCCCUCGAACCUGCACAACGCGACCACUGUUCUCCACGUGUUGAAUGACGAGCACCCGGCGGCGAUGCAGACGGGCGCCGCCAUGCUGACUGAUCCGCCCCCAACAUCUGGGGCAUCCUCUCGUGGUCGCCCUGGCGCUGCUCUUCGUGCAGGCCCACCCGCGCACACCUGCCUCCGCCCGCCCUCCACCUCCAGGAGUUUCGCGCGGCUGCAGUUUCACGGCUUCGAGGACGGGGUUGACAUGCAGACUCAUGAGGAUCGGCGCCAUGAGUCGGGACAGCGCCAAAUCUCCGACGCCCGUGAUGCUGCUCUGUCUCCUCCCCGCGCCCUCGAGAUGGCCCGCCAUCUUUCCCGCAGCCGAACCGAAGGUCUCCGUCGCCGCAACCCGCACGCGUUAAAGGGAGGAGGAUCCCCCGCGACGUCAACAAGGCAAACGUUAGACAAACGUUUCCUGGCGGGUGUGGUCGGCGUCUGCGGGGCCUCGUCGAGUCCCUCCGGCGGCGAGGUCUCUGCCGCCGUGGCCGCUCCCCGGGUUCUGCUGGCGCUGCGCUCGGUCCCCUCGUCGACGCUGAAGCUCGCUCGCUGA